AUGUAAUAAACAAAUGAUUUACCUGAAACAAAUAAAUAGCUUAUAGGAAAUUUGGAAAAGAUAUUUAAAUUUUAAAUAAACUUAGAUAAAGGAAUUGAAUAAUCCUAUUCCUGUAUAUUUUAUUUUAAUUUUACAAAUAACAAAUAAAUAAGAAUAUUUUUGGAUGAAAAUAUUGAAAAAAUGAUAAUUUCUGAUUGGAAUGAAGGGUUUUUGGGUAAAUUAAAGGAGCAAGAAAAAUAUUUGAUCUAUUUUGAAGGAUUUAUUAAUGAUGAUAUAUUUGAUCUAAACUCAUUAUCGAAAAUUAAAUUAUUUAUUAAGAAUUUUGUUAAAAAAUAUUAAUUUGAAGAAAUUGAGUUUGUAAUGCAGUUUGUAGAUUUAUAAAAAAAUGAGGAAAUUGAAAAUUACAAAGUAAAAAUUAAAGAUUAUAUUUAAUCGAUAAUUGAUGGAUUAUUAUAACCUUAUUCAUUUCCAAAUAGAACAGAAAAACGAAUGAGUUCAAGUUUAUUUAAAGAAUCAGACACUAUUAAUAUGUUAUUUUUUUUGUGUCUAUUCACUUCUUUGGAUGAUAACACUGUCAAAGGGCAUUUCUGUAAUUAAUGGAAGACUAAUUUCAAUAAUCAGGAAUUUUAGCUUUAAAAUAUUGAUUCACUAUUAAUAAAGAAUCUAUAUCAUUAUAGAUCAAUUAUUAAUGGUAAAAGGAAUGAUUGUUUUAAUGAAAUUGGAUUUUAAUGUGUUAAAUAUAUUGAAGAAGAAGUUAAGAUUAUUUAUGAAUCUUUUAACAAACAAUUGGAAAGCUUUUUAUCUGAUAUAUAAAAAUUGCUUGAAUUGCCAAUCAAUUUAAAUGAUGAAAUUAGGGAAGAUAAAAAUAUAGAAUAGUUCUAUACUAAAAUAAAUAAUUUUUUGAUAUAAUUAACAGCCAAAUAAAUAACAUGUUAGAUAGAAGAAUAAAAUUUAUUUAGGCUCGCUAAAGAUAUUAUAACGAUUAGUUAAGAAUAUACAACAACUAUUUUAGGAAAUUUAGAGCAAAUUUAAAAGAAUGAAGUUAGAAGUUAUUUAAAUUCGAGAAAUAAACAAAUUUUAAACUUUUAAUUUUAAUUCAAUCAAAAUGAUAAUAAAAUUUUAACAUAUUUUAAGGAAUAUAGCCAAAAUAAUGCUUUACUAGUUUAGCAGCUAAAGUUGAUAGAAAAAUAAUGUCACUAAUGGAUUGAGUCAAAUGAAGAAUAUAUACCAUAACGUUUAGCAUAUAUUUCACGAUUUGUAAAUAAUUCACCAAGAACAAAUCAACAAAAUGAUUAUAUUUCUUUUUGUGUAUUAGGAUUGACUAGAGUUGGAAAAAGUACGCUUUUAAAUUUAUUGCAUAAUCCAAAUAAUUUAAUAGUUGAAUUAACUGAUUAGAAUACCUAUGUUUUUAAUGCAGUAAAUACAGAAUUAACGAUUAGUAACAAAUGCAUAAGUGAAACUAUUGAAGUUAAAGAAAUUUAGAAUGAGGAUUUCAAAUUUACCUUCAUAGAUACUCCUGGAUUUGGAGAUACAAAAGGAAUUGAUUAAUAAUUAAUUAAUUAAAUCAACAUUUUCUCAAGAAUUAAGGAACAAAAAUUUAUUAUGAUUUUAUUCCUUAUAGAUGGAAAUUAACUUUGUAAUUGUAAAAAAGACUUAUAAGAAUCAAUAUAACACACAAAUUACUUUUUUCAUAAUUAAUUAGAUGCUAAGACAUUAAAAUAAAUUUUAAUACCUGUUUUUACAAAAGUCAAUUAAAAUAUAAUGUAAAGUAUAAAAAAUAAAUGGGAUUCAGAGAUCAUGAUAAAUUGUAAUAAUAAUAAUUACGAAAUAGAAUUUUUAAAAAUUAUAAAAUAAAAAGUUGAUGCAAAUUAAUAUGUUGAAAUUUUAGAGGCUAAAUUUUAUUAAAAUAAUAGUCUCCAAUAACUAGAAAUGGAGCAAAGGUCCAUCACAAAGUAAAUUACCGAUGCUGCUAUCAAAAAGAAUUAUUCUAUCCUUGAUGAGCUGGGGGUCAAAAGUACAGAAUUGGAAAAGAUGAUAAUUGAUCUUUAAAAUAACAAAGAAAAAAUUUAAUAUUUUGCUGAUAUAGAUAAAAUUACGGAAUUAAAAGAAUAAAUUAUUUAAAAAUGUGUAGAUAUUACCUAAAAUAUAAAUCAAUAAUAGGUUUAACUUAAUUUUAAAUUAAAAUUAGGCCCUGAAAUGUAAAAUACUCUUUAAAGUGUUUUAAAAUAGAUAAAUAAAAUUAAUAGCUUUGUUGACUUUUUAGCAAGCAAUAUAAUUAUAAAUAAUUUGAUUAAUGAACAUAGAAGUUUAGAAGAAAUAAAGGAACUCAUUCUUAAAAUAACUUAAAAUUUAUCUGAAUUAAAUAAAGGAAAUUUAAAUGAGCUAGAAUUUAUUAAAAUUAUAUUUAAACAAUUAAAUCUAGAAAUUAAAUAACCAAUAAAUGAUUUAUUAGAUUAACUCAGAGCCAUUUAAAUAUUAGAAGAAAUAUCUGAACAAAAUUUAAAUAAAAAGGAAUCUAUAGACUUUGAAAUUUUAAAGAAAAUAAUCAAAAAAUUAGAAAAUGCUUGUGAGGAAAUUGAAAAUUGGAUUAAGGAUACAAAUAAAAAUAAGGAAAAAUAUAGACUAUUGUUGUGGGGUGGAAGUGGAGCACUCAUAACUGCUGCAGAAAUAGGAGCUUGUGCAUUGAUUAGUGCUCCUUUAUUAGCAGUAGUUGGACCAUUAAUUAUAUUUGGGGGUAUUUAUCGAUCUAAAGCUAAGACUAAAAAGCAAGAGAAAAAUGAAAAAUAAUAAUAUUAGGAUUAUAUUUUAAAAAUGUUAAGAGAAGUAUUUGAAAAAGAGUAACAGAAGUGA